UCUUUUGUUUUCUUUUUUCUUGUUUUUCUCUUUUCCUGAAAUCUCUGUAUAGCCCAGAACUCGGGUGCCUUGCACCUGCUGCACCCCUGCCCCCGGGGCUGGCCUGAUAUCAAAUUGAAACACAUGGAAAUGAAUCGCGUAGAAUUGAAACGUAUGAAACAGAACCGCGUGGAAUUGAAUCGUGUGGAGUUGAAUCACCUCGAAUUGAAACGUGUGAAAUUGAAUUUUGUUGGGUUAAAACGCAUCGAAUUGAAUCACAACGUAUUAAAUCGUGUCGAAUUGAUUUGAGCAGCGACUGUUCUUAUUGUUAAAAUAUUCUUUCACGAUGUGCAUCUGAUUCAGCUACUGAAUGCUCGUUCACGCUUGAAACUUGCCGAAAUGGGGAAAAACGAGCAUUUGCUCGCCUUGUCUAAAACACCCUUAAACUAAUAAAAAUUUUAAUUUUAUGUAGGAGUUUUCGAUGCAACUUGUGGAAGAAUAUCAAGAAAUUGUCGAGCGUGAUGCGGCUGAAAUUUCUUGUUUAUGGAAAUAUGUACAAAUGUUUCUUUACUUCUUAUGCAUAAUCAGUGGAUGCAUUUGUAGUAUUUUAUUUUAUGCAAUAUGGGAGGAUAGUUUUGGUGGUGAUUGUUUACUUUGGGCAGACUUUAUUGUGAUGCCACAUCUUGAUAAAUCAGAUAUUGACAUACAUGAAAUUAAGACUAAUUAUAAUAAUUGGUGGAGAUAUGUUGUUUUAGAUACAGAGCUUAUAUAUGAAUGUACAAUAUAUUUAAUAACAUGUUUUUCAUCUUGUAUUUUUGGAAUUAUGUGGUUUACUUUCUUUUCCAUCUGUGGAAAAGGUGGAUAUGAUGUAGCAAUAAAUGAAAGGUCAUGGAGAAUUGUAGCACCUGCAAUAUUAUUUAACUUUAUAUUUGCUAUAAUAUCUAUAUUUGCAAAUUAUAAUUUUCAAGAAGGAUUUAAAGAGUUUAAUACAAACAUACAUAAUAUAUUUUAUAAAGUAUAUAAUUCUUCUGAUGCAUCAAAGGAUGUAAGUGAUUGUGAAAUUAUACGAACAUAUGUAGAUAUUUAUCAUUUUUAUGACUAUGAUGUGUGUGACAUGUUAUCAUGGCAGCAGGUUAUAUCUUUUAAAUGUUUCUGUUUUAUUUUCACAAAAUUGAUAUUAAAUUUUAUUAUAAAUAAUUUUAAGAUGUUUUCAAGAAUAAUGAUGUGGAGUUGGAUCGGAGGAUUAAUACUACUGUUACUAAGAAUAAUUAUAGUUACUGACUUUAAGAUAUUAAAAGUUACAAUUUAUGAAUUACCACUUGCCAACAUUUUAGGUAGUACUGAUAAAAACGAAAUAACGAACAGCAAUACAGAAGAAAAUAAAAAAAAUGUGUAGAUAAAAUAUUUUAAUUUGUAAACAGGUAAAAGAUAAAUAUUAUGAAAUGAAAUUUUAUUAUGUAACUUACAUUGUUUAAUUGAGCUCGUUGUUAUAAAAA